CAGGAGCGUGUGCAUGCGUACGAACUUUGUGCUGCUUGUACCGUGAACAAACUAAUAUUUCGUCGAGAAUUGCUAAGUGAAUCGCGGAAAUUGUACUACUGUUUUAUCCCGUCGUUGUUGCGUGCCGUUAGUAGCUAGUGUUGGGUAUUUAAACAGAGCUGUCGUGGAGCGUCCGGGUUCGGAUAGUGUGUGACCCUCCCCGGAACGCCGGAUUAACAAUCACAAGGCAAACGUUUGCAGCUCAUUUGGAACGCCACGCUGUGUCCUCAAAUCGGUAACAAUCGGAAAAGUGGUUUACCGCAAUUUAUCCAGCACCUGUUCGUCCUGCACGCCGCACGCCCGCGGUCACAUUCGGCCUCUGUUGCGUGACGUGUGCUCCUCUCCUACCCGGUACGGGGUGUGGUGCGAGGGGAGGCACUGCACCUUCCUACUCCGGUCCGGUGGUCCGGCACGAUGGCGUGCCUGAAUACGCUGAAGCUAGAAAUCAAAACGCUCGAGCAGGUCUUCCCGAAGAACCAUGAACGGUUCCAAAUCCUUAGCGCCACGGUGGACGAACUGUGCUGCCGCUUCAUCGGUCGCAACGGCAAGCAAUACGUAAUCCAUGCCAACAUUACGGAAACGUAUCCAUCCACGCCUCCAGUAUGGUUCGCCGAAAGUGAGGACACAAGUAUUAGCAACGCUGUACAAAUACUAACGAAUACGAACGGUUUAGAUAAUCAUGUUGUAAAUCAGGUACACAUACUGUUACGCGAACUCUGCCGGCAGCACACGGUUCCACUACCUCCCGAUCUGGAAACGCUGAAGAAAGCCUUCCAGCCGAAUGGUGGCGCAGCCGGUGCACACCUACAUGCAGCCGCCCAUCUCCAGCAUGGCAUGCCACCGCAGCAGCUACUUUCGGCGCACCAGCAACAGCAGCAGCAACAUCAGCAACUGCAAAUGCAACACCAGCAACAGGCGAUCGAUGAGAUCGACUCCGACUGUGAUGAUAUCGAGGAUGUGGUCGGCGAAAGCGACCAGGAAAGCGAAGGCGAAGAGGAUUUGCCCCUCGAGAUGGACGAUGGCCGUAGCACGGCGAAGAAAGACGAAAUGGAAGUAGAACAUUUAGCAACAUUGGAAAGAUUACGACAAACGCAACGGCAGGAUUAUUUGAAGGGCUCCGUGUCUGGUUCGGUGCAGGCGACGGAUCGACUAAUGAAGGAACUGCGCGACAUCUACCGGUCCGAUUCGUUCAAAAACAACAUGUACUCGAUAGAGCUAGUAAACGAUUCCAUCUACGAGUGGAACAUCCGUCUCAUGUCGGUUGACCCGGACAGUCCGCUGCACAACGAUCUGGUUCUGCUGAAGGAGCGCGAAGGCAAGGACAGCAUACUGCUGAACAUCAUGUUCAAGGAGACGUACCCUUUCGAGCCACCGUUCGUGCGCGUAGUGCAUCCGAUCAUAUCCGGCGGCUACGUCCUGGUAGGUGGUGCCAUCUGCAUGGAGCUGCUCACGAAACAGGGCUGGAGUUCAGCUUACACCGUGGAAGCAGUCAUAAUGCAAAUAGCGGCCACACUAGUCAAAGGCAAGGCGCGAAUACAGUUUGGCCCUACGAAGUCUCUUUCACAGGGUCAGUACAGCUUAGCUAGAGCGCAGCAAAGUUUCAAAUCGCUCGUGCAAAUCCACGAAAAGAACGGGUGGUUUACACCGCCCAAAGAGGACGGUUAAGCUGUGGCAAUACAGUGAUGAGAAUGAUGGCGCACUGUUCGUUGCUGAUGUUACUGCUACUACACUACUACCCGGUUCCAGCUGUCGUAUGGAGUCGCGCCUCCAUAAAAGGUCCUGCUUGUGACCCGCGCGCCACACGACAAUGAGCACUAAUGCUGCGCCAUACCGUGUCCCGUAACAUGAUUCGUUAGCGCUUUAGAUUCGGGCGCAAGAUAGAUUGUGAUUUGUGUGGCAUUAGAGUGUCGAACUGUCGAUUAAGCAAAGGAAGUGUGUGUGUGUGUGUAUCUUUUUGUGUGUAAACAAGGAAGUGUAGUAUGUGUUUUUGCGAAAGGGUAGCAAACAGCACAGUAGCAACAUCCAUACAGAACAGCAAAACUGGAAUGCGACCGCAUCCUCUCUUUUCUACUACUAAACAUACGUUCUCUCGUUCGUUUAAGCUUUUAGGUUUGUAGACUUAAGUGUGCACGUGCGCAAGUACGGAUGGAAAGCACGGCACAAACGCAAACACUCAGCCCCGAUGCGAUAUUGAACGAUGCGUCUAUUAAAAUGUAUGUGUGUUUCUGUAUGUAUGUGUGCGUAUGUGUGAAUGUAUGUGCGUGUGUAUGAAUGAAUGGAACGGCGUAAGAAAGCAAAAGAUAGUAGACAGACACGGCGGCAAACGGGGGGCACACACUAAUGAUGAUGAAAUGCAGCUAUAAAUAAGAUUAGGAAAUAACGGAUGAGCAUACUGUUUGAAAUUGUCGAAAAGGGGUGUUAAUAGUACAUUUCAGCGAUUGUUUUUUUGUUUUGUGUAUUACACACAACUGACACACCUUUCAAUUGAACGAAGCACAACACUAGAAGCUGAGUAACUGAACAAAACCGUGAAUAGUAGAAGAUCGCAUAAGCAAGUAACGUAGGCGGAGUAGGACUUGGAUUGAAUUGAUUGAUCGGAGCGCCUAGGCGUGUGUGUCUGUGUGCAAGAAAUUGGGCAUUGUAACAA